AUGGAGGCGAAGAUAAAACCCCUGGAGGAACUCCACAUCGUCAAAGAGUUUCCUGAUGUAUUUCCAGAAGAUCUGACUCAACUGCUGUCGGACCGCGAUAUAGAGUUCGCGAUUGAUUUGAUUCCUAGUGCAGCACUGCUAUCUAAGUGUGCCCAGCUCAACAAGAUGAGAGAAUCUCAAGACUUGUUUGAGGGUCGCUGUCAGCACUAUUCAGAGGAGAACAGGUGCCUUCAGAGGCGGCUAGCAUCUAUAGGACUCUUUCCAUCGCCAUCCGAGGCUCAUGAUGGGAAUGACGAUGAUGGUGAUAGUGACCAUGAUGAUGGUGGCGACGAUGGCGGUGGCAACUAUGAUGAUGAUGAUGAUGAUGAGGUUGGUGGUGACGACAAUGAGUUCAUCCCAGAGGUUGAGAGCAAGGCUUCGUCCUCUGAUGGGGAGAACUAG